AUGUGGUGCCUUGCAUUGCAUCUUCCUCUCUUGGUGGGGGAUUACGUUCCUGAAGAUGAUGAGCACUGGAAAUUGUUAUGUACCUUGUUGGAGAUAACAAGAAUUGUGUUUGCACCAACCAUCAGCAAAAACCAAGUUGCCUAUCUGCAGAUAUUGAUUCAAGAACACCAUGAGAAAUUUAAGGAGUUGUUUCCACAGUGUAACAUCAUUCCGAAAAUGCACUAUAUGAUUCAUAUGCCGAGAACAAUAUUGGGGUGAGUAUUGGAAAUUAGAACACUGUGUAGUGUGUGCCAUGCAGUAACAGCUACAUGCAGAAAAAAACCUAUAGUUCGGUGGAGACCUUCUUCUGCUGGCAGGCUACAUGUUUUGCAGUUCCCUAACAGUCCUGUUUCAAGUUUGCAGUUCCAUGUUUUAAUUCCUAUUCCUAUUUUAGAUUUGGCCCUCUUGUUAGGAGUUGGUGUAUGCGGUACGAGGCCAAACAUCAUUACUUCAAGCGCUUGGCAGUUACAACUGGGAAUUUUAUUAACUUGCCAUGUACGCUGUCAAAAAUACAUCAGGAAAGCGUAUCUUACCGACUUCAAGCAUCCAACGGAAGUCUUAGCUCAUUCAUUGAGAAAGGAGUUGAAAUUGGACCAGGUACUGUAAUAUUUUAAUAUUUACAUUUCAGCUUUUUUCAGCUUUACAGUACACAUACCUGUUUUCUCGUGCUGGCAGCCACAGACAUUCAUAGGCAUUUAGCCAGUCAGAAAACAAAAGAAGAGUACAGUGCCGGUACAAUGAAUAAUAUUGGUAUUUCCAAAACUUAAAUUAAUGUUUUAUGUACAUAUAUACUCCAGGUACCAAUCGUUAUGCAGCUGAUGUCCCUUACCAAGCUCAAUUGAAAGAGGAAAAUGGAAACACUAAUCCCCUAACUCCUGUUUAUGAGUAAGUCUUGUUGUUGAUAUUCUGGUAUUACCUCAAGAAACCACCAUAUAUGACUAUUGUCCCUUUUUUCUGUGAACAAUCAUUAGAUGCCCUGAUGAUUCUCCACAAAAGAAACAGGGCUGUAGUGGCUUUUUGAAAAUCUAUAUAAUUUUGCUAUUUAUCUUUUUCUUUGUCAAUUUAAUUGUUUGUCAACAAUAGAUUAAUAGUGAUUAAUCGUAUUCAUUAUGUUAAGCGUGAUUACAUACUGUUAAGCAUACCGGUAAUCGAUUGUACAAAAAUAAUCUAUCAAUCGAUUAAUCUAUUAAUUAAUCUGUAGCAGCUCUAGUAUAUGGUAUUGACUAUCGAGUACUCGUUGCGUAUGUGUAUAAUGCAUAACUUGUGACUGUGCGUAAAAAUGCAGUGGUGAUUAAGGUGGCUCAAUGCAGUUUUUCAAAAAAUGGAAAAUUUACGAUUUAGAUGCGUAUUUGUGGAUAAUUAUUACUUGUUGAUAAACAAAAAGUACCUUACUUAUAUAAAACAACAUCUAAAGAGUUUGAAUUUUUGUACAAAAGUUACGCAACUGCCGUUGCUAUGGCAACAAUGACAUUUCAAGAUGGCGGAUAGUUUGGCUUUAAAGUAAUUUAACUCCUAAACGACAACGCUGACCCCCAAAUUUUAUUUUAAAAAGUGAUUUCUCUUAGUACAAUCAAUUAUUUUGACAAUUUAAAAAAGAUUCUGUGGAGCCGAAAUAUUUUAAAUUUAAUACGAAAAGGUGAUUAUUCAUAAUAGUUUUGAUUUGGCUCUACAGAAUUUUUUUUAAAUUGUUAAACUCCUUAGAUGUUGUUUUAUGUAAGUAAGGCACUUUUUGUUUAUCGACAAGUAAUAAUUGUCCAAAAAUACGCAUAUAAAUCGUGAAUUUUCCAUUAAAAAAAAACUGUAUUGAGCCGCCUUAAAUGUAGCCUGUGCACAUCCUGUAUUACCCUGUACUACAGGGUAAUACAGGAUGUGCACAGGCUACCUUAAAUGAGAGAAGGGCAGUGUGAAUUAUUCCAGGCCUUCCCAGAAGGCAAAAAUUUUACUUAUUGAUUUGUUCACCUCUUCCAGUAUGGCAGAUAAUGCUGGCGGCCCCCAGUGUUCAAUAAGGUCACAAAGCAUGGGUCGAACUGCCAGCUUGUCACAUCAAGUUUUCAGUUUAUUGAAUUAUGCUGGACCCAUGUGAUAACAUUUUACAUUGAAUAUAAUUGAGCUUUUUGCCAACUUUUCUUUUGUCCAGGGCAAGGUGGGUUACCAUUCAUGGUACGAAACACAAAGUUGGUGCAGUGAUCCAUAUUGGCUACAAUGCAGAAGAGUUGCCAUUGUUUUGGAAAAUUGAGAAAAUAGCUAUUAUCAACAAAGUA